AUGACAAGGUUAACCGGUGGCUUACCAAUGCCAAGAGCAUCCACGUCUCCUUACGAAAUAUGUAUCCAUCAAACUGAGGAACCAACACGUAAAAUCACAUUACGUUACAUAGAAGACAGUAAUCGUAGAGUGAUACAACCAAGAGUAGUAGAAUUUGCCGAUAUAACGAAUUCGAGUAAAAUGGACGUUGAAAACAAAUUGCGUGACGCCCAACGUUAUGUACAAAACCCAAGUAUUAGUGAUAUCAAUUCACAAUUGCCAAAUGAUCAAAGUAAUGAUGAGAGUUACCAUUUACAAAAAAUUCUAUUACCAGAAUCCUUCGAAGAGUACGCAUCCUUUACAAUGUCCUUUAUUGAGAAAUGUGUUGAAAAAGACUCGGCAAUCCUGGUUCCAAUCAUUACCGCAAACGCAGAUAUUGCUACACAAUUUGCAUGGAGGUUUGCACGUGAAGUAGAUCCGGACGGUUUACGUACCGUAGGAGUCUUGACAAAAAUUGAUUGUGUCCCAAUUGAUGAUGAAAAAAGCAUUUGGAACUUGAAAAGCGUAAAACCGGAAGAAUCAGAUGAUUCGUUAGAAAGUGACACAAUUAAGAAACUUAGAAAUCACAGAACUUGGAAAGAUGUACCAAUUAAUAAAUUUGGCAUACAAAAUUUUGUCAUGAAAUUAAUUGGAUUACAAGCCUUCCUAAACUUGUUGAAAGGCAAACCAUCCAUACGUUUCUUGGAUGUUGAUGAAAUAUUAAAGAACCUUCCGCAUAAACCUGUUGAAAAUCCAAGUCGUAUCUUGGAAUUAAUUAUAAAAUUUGACAAAGUAUUUACUAAUAAUGAAUACGUAGACCAUAAGUUAUAUCGUGGUCAACAAUGGAACUUUAGUCAGUUCAAUCAAGCAUUAUUAAAUGCUCGUCCAAUAUAUAAACGAAGGGAUCAACUUAACGAGACUGUGCAAGAAAGUCAAGGAGGACUAUUGGAUGGUCAUUUUCCAUAUAGAGCUGUAAUUUAUAUUGUUGAAUUACAUCGAUUGGAUUGGUUUUCGAUUUCUGUCAGAUUAUUGGAUAAAAGUUACGAUUGGGUUGCUCAAUUUAUUAAUGAAUUAAUAAACAAUACAUUUGAAGAAUUUCCAAAUAUUAUCGAAGGAAUCAAAAACAUUUUACGCGACUUAUUAAGAAAAUGCAAUGAUGAAACAUUAGAUCGUCUUGCAGUGAUGGAGCAUAUUUCAGCUAGUAGAUCUCGUUAUGUAACUGAUGAAACCAGCCUUCUUAAAAAACAAUCAAAAUAUUUAACCAAGCUACAAAAUUUUGCAGCCAGUUCCAAGCAAAUGAAUAAAGAAUUAAAGGCAGUUCUUGAAUUAGGCUCUGAAUUAUUUGACAUGAUGUAUUAUGAUGAAAAUGAAGAAGAGAAUAAUGCCACUAGAAAAAAUAAAUAUUUGGAUAAAUUAAUAAGUGUAAUUUCUAUUGCCACGGGAGUGUUAUCAUAUUGGAAGAUUACCUAUUCAAAAUAUCGAGAAAAUGUUUCACAUAUAGUAGAACGUUAUCUUGUACAUCAAUUUGCUAUUAAUUUAGGGAUCCAUUUACGUACAGAUUUAAUAUUAUUAGCAGCAGAACAGAAUACGGCAAUUGACAAUAUAAAAUUGGAGAGUUUGUAA